AUGCCAAAUUAUGCCAAGUUCAUGAAGGAUCUAUUGUCUAGGAAACAUAAGCUGCAAGAAUGCAAGACUGUGACACUCACUGAAGAGUGUAGUGCAAUAAUACAUAAUAAGUUUCCUCCUAAGCGUCAUGAUCCAGGGAGCUUCACUAUUCCAAUUGCUAUUGGUAACACUAAUGUUGGCAAAGCUUUGUGUGAUCGUGGGGCGAGUAUAAAUUCGAUGCCCUUGUCUGUGUGUAAAUCUUUGGGGAUCUCUAAGCUUAAUCCUACUAAGGUUUCCUUGCAACUUGCUGACAGAUCUUUGAGGAAACCCACUGGUAUAAUUGAAGAAGUCCUUGUGAAAGUGGACAAGUUCAUAUUUCCAGCAGAUUUUGUGGUGUUGGACAUGGAAGAGGGAACUGAAAUGCCUCUUUUGUUAUGA